UGCAGCCAGAGGAGAGAUUUAGUGGGGGAGUAUUAGAAGAUGAAGUCAGCUGAGGGGCGUGGGGAGCCUAGCAGGCCGUUGUGAGGACUUUGGCUUUUCUUCUGAAUGAAAUGGAAGCCAUCAGGACAUUUCGACAGGCAAUGACAUCUUACUGAAGCUUAAUAAGCAUCACCAGGACAUCGCGGAAACCCAGCAGGCGCGCUUCCCUGCCACUGGGUUAGGGAAGGCCUGCCGGCAGGACUAUUUCGGAGGACGGCAGAUGUUAGCCAGGCAGCGAAACGGGCGCCAAGAGGCGCGCUGGGGCGGAGAGACGGCGUGAGCAAGAUGAAGCAGAGGGCAAGCGCGGCGCCGCCCGCCGCUGGCUAGGACGCAUGGUGGCCAGAGGGGAGGUCUUAGGGGCCCGCGAGCAGGCUCGAAAUAAAACGGCUGGCAGGGCGAAGUGGAGACUCGAGAAGGACCGGAUAGAUAUCGAAGUUCUUAGUGAGGAGGGCGCCCGAGCCUCCACCGAGACGCGGGACUACAACCACCACAAUCCCCAGCGCCUGCGGUUGCGGCGUUGCCUCGUUCUAGACCUGCGGCGGCGCUGCGCGGGGAACCGGCGUGGGGUCACGUGACGCCGGCGAGUCAGGUGACGCUGCGGGGCGGGCGGACAGACUGCGGGGCGGACGGUGGACGCUGGGACGCGUUUGUAGCUCCGGCCCCACCGUUCCGACCCCCGCCGUCGUCGCCGCCAUGACGGGGCUAGCGCUGCUCUACUCCGGAGUCUUCGUGGCCUUCUGGGCCUGCGCGCUGGUCGUGGGUGAGGCCGGGCCCUGGCGGGCGGGGGCAGCAUGGCGGGCGGGGGCAGCAUCGCGGCCGAACUGGCCCGGCUGGAGCCCAGCGGGAAAGUACCUGGCGGGGAAUACUGGGCCCCUGCUCACUUUUCACCCCGGGCUCUGGGACGCGCGCCUGCGAGUGUCUCUGACCCCGACAAAGGAAACUCGGAUCUCCAGCUGCUUGAGAAGGGGCGCGAGCAGGUGGGGGCCGCGAGGGCAGCACUCCCCCUUCCUGCCACUAUCGCUGUUUCCCCCGCCCCCACGUCUCACUGCGGUCCCCCCUUUCUUGCGCCUGACCGGCCCGCUUGGUCACAAGCCGGCUGCUCUGGUUCCUCUUUUCCCGGUCGCUUUGCCCUCCCCCACCCACGGCUUGUUGAGUAAACAGCGGAACGGACUGGGCCGGCAAGAUCUGGCUGGGCCUGGCUGGAGCGCUUGUUCCCUCCGUCCUGCUUCGGAUUCAGGCCUACGGGUGGCGACUGUGCCUGCGCAGGAGCUUGGUCUGGAAGGAAUCUGCUACACCAUUUUUGACUUGGGCUUCCGCUUUGAUGUGGCAUGGUUCCUGACGGAGACUUCGCCCUUCAUGUGGUCCAACCUCGGCAUUGGCCUAGCUAUCUCCCUGUCUGUGGUUGGGGCAGCCUGGGGCAUCUAUAUUACCGGCUCCUCCAUCAUUGGGGGAGGGGUGAAGGCCCCCAGGAUUAAGACCAAGAACCUGGUCAGCAUCAUAUUCUGUGAGGCUGUGGCCAUCUAUGGCAUCAUCAUGGCAAUUGUCAUUAGCAACAUGGCUGAGCCUUUCAGUGCCACGGACCCCAAGGCCAUAGGCCAUCGGAACUACCAUGCAGGCUACUCCAUGUUUGGGGCUGGCCUCACCGUAGGCCUGUCUAACCUCUUCUGUGGAGUCUGCGUGGGCAUCGUGGGCAGUGGGGCUGCCCUGGCCGAUGCUCAGAACCCCAGCCUCUUUGUAAAGAUUCUCAUCGUGGAGAUCUUUGGCAGUGCCAUUGGCCUCUUUGGGGUCAUCGUCGCAAUUCUUCAGACCUCCAGAGUGAAGAUGGGUGACUAGACGAUACGUGUGUGUGGGGCCGUGCCUCACUCUUAUUUAUUGCUGGUUUAACUGGGACAGCUGGAGCUGUAUCCCUUAGCCUUUCAGAGGCUUGGUGUUCAGGGCCCUCCCUGCACUCACCUCUUGCUGCCUGUUGACUUGGAGGCACUGCAGUCCAGGCUGAGUCCUCAGUGCGGGGAGCAGGCUGUUGCUGAUGACUCGUGCAGCUGCGCACCUGUGUCCCCCAUCUCUUCCCCAAACCCAUUGUCCUAGUGUUUGUGAAAUAAACUUGGUAUUUGUCUGGGUCA